AUGUCUUGCCUAAGUCAUCAUAAACGAUUCCGCUCUUUAUUUCACAAUAUUAUCAAUGAACUUCGACGCACAAAUCGCAUUCCGAUAUCCGUUUUGCAUACAAUGCCGUUUAAGUGUUGCACGUGCAGAGAAGAAGUUCACGAAUCACCGAAACCUGUAAUACUAGCAGACGCAGAUGAUUUACCUGAAUUGAAUAAUCUAAUCGAAAAAGUUAAUCGAGAAAAAGACACAGAUGUGAAAUUAUUGUUAUCCUUGAACCGAUUCCAAGAUCUUAUUGUUGAAGGACAAUCAACAGUUCCAUUAAGGACAUCGGUCAAUACUACAAGCGAUGAUGGUAAUAGUUCUGAAAGCAAACCAAAAAGAAUUGUUUUUAGUCCAUCAGAUGAGAGCGAUUCGUCAUUAGAGUCGGAAGACAUGGUCUUAGAACCUCGGAGCAGCAUUACAAAAUCAAAACAACCUGCGAAAUCUAGAAAGUCAAAAGCAGCAAAGCAAAUUCAGUCUGGUGUAUUCGUAUAUUUACCAUAUGAGUUUAAGAAAGCGAAGAGAAACGCAGAUCUGCUGACUGAAAUAGCAAAGUCAAUGCAGAAAAAGCGAUUCAUCGGCAAAAACGGCCAUUUUCCUAUCUUGGAACGAGAGUAUAACGCUUGUAUUAGUAUGAUCACAAAGGGAACAAGUCAACAAGUCACCAAUGCAUUCGAAGUUGCCAAGAUAGGAUUGGAAAAUUUGAAAAUUCACAAUCGUGAUGCUUCGUUGCAAAUGGCAGAAAAUCACGACGGAGAGUGGGUGUUGAUACGAGCAAAGAAGGCGUCAGAUAGCACAAACGGAGAUAGUAUCGAUCGAUUGUUAGAUGAAAUCACAUCUCGGUGGACGAGCAGUUUAAACAUCGAAAAGCGGAAAACGAACGAUGAACGAAGCUCUAAGCGAACGAAAAAGUGA